CAAUUCAAAAGCGAAUCGGCCAUACUUCAACUGAGAUUGGAACCAUGAAACACUUGAGGAUAGCAGGACUGACUGAGUCUGUCGAAGAUUCAAUUCAAGGGCUGCAUAUGGACGAGCUGAACUCUGGGGCAAAUUUUGAACUUUUCUCGUGGCCUCGGUGGGCAUUGAAUUCAUGCCAGUGCUUAUGAGACCUGUCUUUGUUUUUGCUCUUACAUUCCGCGACUUGAAUCCCACCAUCAUUAUUACAUCCCUCGCCUAUCUUCAACUCCUCUCCGGACCAUUUUCUACACUCUUCCAAGUUGCUCCUCAGCAGCUUUCGGCUUUUUCAUGUCACUGGAGAAUACUGCUGUUUUCAGAAAGAGACCCUAGGCAUGACUUUUCGCCGACUCGCCGUGACCGCCACAUUCUUAAAGGAAACGGGUUCCGGGGAGAAAUUGCCAUCAAUUAUGGAAAUCACGGCUGCAGGCUUUGGCUAGGAAAUGAAUACGUUGACUCUGAAGGCCAUCAAUGUGUCAAUGUCUCAAGGCUUGAAAAUUAUUGUUGGUCCCGUUGCUUGAGAGAAAUCAACACUGUGCAAAGCAUUGCUAGGAGAGACUCCAAUUGCAUGCGGAGAAGUCUUUAUAAGGACCAAGUUUCGUAAAGUUGGAUGCUUACAAUCGUGGAGAAGGGCCAUUUCCGCGAACUUGUCCCGAAUCACCAUUAUUUCCGUGGUCUCGGAUUGCAGGCUGCCACUAAUGGAAUUCAAGCGCUGCUGACCACAAAGCAUUCAAUUCCAAGCUUAAAGUCAACGAAUCGAGCAGAA